AUGGAUAAAGAAGUUGAGAAAAAGAGUCCUAAUUCUCAAAAUUUGCAAGAAAAAAAAAUCGAUAAUAUCAUAGAACUUGAAAUUCCAGUUUAAAAUGAUAAAAAAGAUAAUUUAUUUAGUAAUCAUAAUGGAACUAAUGCUAAAUUAAAGGGAAAUAACCACAAUUUAUUUGCAUAAAACCAUAAUAUUUAGAUAAAUUUAGAAUAAAAUAGGAAUCACGAAGCCUCACCAAUAAAAUCUCCAUUUACUACCAAUGAAUCAGGAACUCGUAUGCUUAGUAAUUUGAACAAGCAGACUUUGUAAAACCCACAGAUAAACGGCAUUAACACAAAUUCUAAUUAAACCAUGAUAAGCAACUCCUAAAAAAGUACUUAACCAUCUGAGAAAAGCACUCCUCCAAAAAAUAAAAAGAAAAAAAGCAGUGAUUUUACAGAAAACGAUGAAGAAUUAUUUACUUUACUCAACCAAGAUGAAGCAAGUUAGAGAUCAGAUUCAAAUUCUUAGGAAGAAGAUAAGAAAGUUCUAAUUAUUUAUGCAGGAGGCUUUUUUGGAGCAGAAUAUGAUUAUUCUUAAGGUUCUUAUGCCCCUUUAAUUUUGACUAGAAACUAACUUUUCAAUAAGAUGCAAAAAAUUUCUUAUUUUUGUGAUGUUAAUUUUACAUACCAACACGCCACUGAUGGAUUCCUUGUAACUCCAAUUAGUGAAUAUAAAAAAAGAAUAUAUUAUAAAGUAGUAGAAAUGGAAAAUCUUAAAAUUAAUUCAACUUUCUUUGAUAGAAGUUGUGUUGAGGAAUUACUCGAUAUAAUAGAUUAGAACUACGAAACGUUUGAUUCAUUUGUUGUUAUACAUGGUACAGAUAGUAUGGCAUAUUCAGCAAGCUUUGUAAGCUUCAUGAUAGAAAAUUUAUCCAAGCCUAUAAUUUUUACAGGAAGUAUGGUCCCUCUCUCCAUUAUGAGAAAUGAUUCCUUUAAUAAUUUAUUAGGAGCAUUAACAAUAGCAGGACAUUUUAAUAUACCAGAAGUUUGCAUAUUUUUCCAUAAUAAACUAUUAAGGGCAAAUAGGUCAACAAAAGUAGAUGCUUAAGGAUUAGAUUGUUUUAAUUCACCAAAUUUCCCUACUUUAGCAGAAUUCAAGGUUCACAUAGAAGUGAAUUGGACUAACAUCUUAAGAAAUGACGAGUUUUAAACUGUCAAAAUUAAUAAGAAGUUUACUGAUCAUAAAAUUGAAAUUAUGAGGUACAAUCCUUGCUUUUCUGAAGUCUCUCUAUCUCACUUAUUAAAAACACCAGACUUGAAAGGAGUAAUUAUUGAGGGUUAUGGUCCUGGAAAUCUACCAUUUUAUGAUGAUAAUUUUUCUAAAAUUUGUUAAGAAGCAGCCCAAAACGAGGUAUAUAUUGUUGCUGUAUCUUAGUCUAUCAAGUCUUACACUAGCUAAUUUAAUUCAGAGUAAUAAACACAGUUAAAUAUAAUAUAUGGUGGUAAUAUGACAACAGAAGCUACACUUGCUAAAUUAAGCUAUUUAAUCACAAAAGGUAUUUCCUACAAAGAAAUUAUGUAUUUAAUGAACUAAAAUAUAAGAGGAGAGCUAACACCUCACUCGAAUGAUUAAAAAUUUGAAGUUAGACAAGAAAAUCUAAUAGAAGCAAUAACUGAGAAGUUUAAUAAUAGAGUUAAUUAUAGAUAAUCUUAAGUAGACUUAAUUAAAAGCUAUAUUGUUCCUAAUGUUGCUUGCUAUAUGGCUUAAUUUGGAUUUAUGCACUACUUAGAAGAAAUGAAGGUCCAAAAAACAAAUUUUAAAUUUUGUGAUUAUGAUAGGAGAACAGCAUUACAUGUAGCUGUGAGAGAAAGUAGAGAAUAAGUUUGUAAAUUUUUAAUUGAUGAGUAAGUAGACGUUAACUUUGUCGACUACUUUGGAAGAUCUCCUCUAUAUGAAGCCAUUUUGACAAAAAAUAAAAAAAUUGUAUAUAUGCUGAUUUAAAAUGGUGGUUAAAUUAUUGCAGAGAAAGACGAAAUUACUAAUUUGCUUCUUGAUUCUGCAAUGACAGGUGAUUUGGAUACAAUAAAACUUAUAUAUCAUUCAGGAUUAAAAAAUUUUAAUGACUACACUAAUAUUGAUUAGAGAAAUAUAGGUCAUGUUGCUGCAUCAGAAGGCUAGCUAGAAAUCAUAAAAUUUUUAAAAUAUACAGCUAGAUUUGAUUUUUCCUAAAGGGAUAUUUGGGAUAGAACUCCAUUAGAUGAUGCUUUAGAAUUUUAACAUAUUGAUGUUGUAAGUUAGCUACAAAGUAUUGUUUACUGA